UUGAACUUUCGUAGUCGAUUGUCGCCAUAUUGGCUUGUAGCUCUUACACAACGCCCUCACACGAAUAAUUCCGAGUUAAAAGGUAAGCGAAUAUUAUCGGGAAUAACGAUUUGGAAGUGCAGUGUUAAUGUGAUAAUCCGCGUACUAAGUGAGCGUGUGAAACUCCGUGCGGCAUCGAACUAUUCACGGUGAGUAGAACCCCGCAGUAUUACGGUAAAUGCUUCGGUCCGUUGUGGCGGAGGACGGAACGCAUCCUCCUAGCUGCGCCCUCCAUAUUGAUGACAGCGCCGACGGUGAAGAAUAUUGAGGACCGAGGAGCACUAGCGUAUGGUUACACACGAUGUCCGGUAACGUAGCUGCGAUUAAGUUGGAAGAGGGGCAAGAGUCUGUCACGGAGAUACAGACGUACCUCGAGACAUUCAACAAAGAAAUUGAGGGAGGCCAGGGCGAACAGCUUCAGCAUGUACAACUGCAACAAGUUGAGGGUCUCACCGGUGGGGACGAUGGUGGCACCUACUUUGUCGAUCAAUCUGGCCAGUACUAUUAUCAAGCCAGUAGCGACGACCCACCAGUUAUGACUCAAGUACAAAUUCAAGAAGCAGACGAUGGGGAAGGUCAGAACGACGGCGAAGAUGGUCAGGAUGAACAGUACCACGAAAUAGAAGAGCUUGAGAAUGUGCAGAGUGGAGAGAAUGCGAGUAAACAGGGUACAGUAUCCACGAAUGGAAAUAGCCAAGUGGUUAUUAACUCUGGUGACGCGUAUCAAACAGUGACAAUUGUGCCGUCAGAUACAAACCCAGGUGAAGUUAGCUACGUGUUAAUCGUGCAGCAGCCUGAAUCUGAGGAAAAAGAUGGUCGAACGGAAGACGUGGAAGUGGGCGAAGGUGAGGAAGGGGAACAAGAUUUAACUGUUUAUGACUUUGAGGACAAUGAGGACAACGACGCACCUGUUGAGUCCGAAGCUGAAGAUGAUAAGACAAAAAUAAUCAAAUUCAUCCCUAAGAAAUCACAGACCGUGACACAGGCUCACAUGUGUAACUACUGCAAUUACACAAGUCCCAAGCGAUAUCUCUUAUCUCGCCACAUGAAAUCUCACUCCGAGGAAAGACCACAUAAAUGUAGCGUUUGUGAAAGAGGCUUUAAGACUUUGGCUUCCCUGCAGAACCACGUUAACACACAUACGGGAACAAAACCUCAUCACUGCAAGUUCUGCGACAGCGCUUUCACUACGUCUGGUGAACUUGUAAGACAUGUUCGGUACAGACAUACCCAUGAAAAGCCGCACAAAUGUCAUGAGUGUGAUUACGCCUCGGUUGAGUUGUCCAAACUUAAACGACACAUUAGGUGCCACACUGGAGAACGUCCCUAUCAGUGUCCACAUUGUACGUAUGCAAGUCCAGACACCUUCAAGCUGAAACGUCAUUUGCGCAUUCAUACGGGCGAAAAACCAUAUGAAUGUGAUAUCUGCCAAGCAAGAUUUACACAGUCUAACAGUUUAAAGGCUCACAAGCUAGUUCACAACGUUGGAGAUAAGCCCGUAUUUCAAUGUGAAUUAUGCCCAACAACGUGCGGAAGAAAAACUGACCUCAGAAUUCACGUUCAAAAGUUACACACUUCUGAUAAGCCGUUGAAAUGCAAGAGAUGUGGCAAGACAUUCCCUGACAGGUAUAGUUACAAACUUCACAAUAAAACGCAUGAAGGUGAGAAAUGUUACAAGUGCGACCUCUGCCCGUACGCUUCAAUAUCAGCUCGUCACCUUGAGAGUCACAUGCUCAUUCAUACGGAUCAAAAACCGUAUCAGUGUGAUCAUUGCUAUCAAUCAUUUAGGCAAAAACAAUUGCUUAAACGCCACUGUAAUCUAUACCACAAUCCUUCCUACGUACCGCCACCACCUCAAGAGAAGACACAUCAAUGUCCAGAGUGCGAAAGACCGUUCAGCUGCAACCCGGUUAUGGGUUGGAAAGUGUCUUGUUCUGGUGCUAAAUACAGGCACAAAGGAAACCUCAUACGACACAUGGCUGUACAUGAUCCUGAAUCGUCCCUUCAAGAAAAACAACUGGCCCUUAAAAUUGGACGUCAAAAGAAGAUACAAAUCAUUGAUGGUCAAAGGGUUGAAGUUAUGACUGGAGACUUAGCUUCUAAACUUAAAGGUUACGAUGACGAAGAUGAAGAAGACGAGGAUGAGAUGAUGGCCGUCGAAGGAAGCGACGGGCAGCAAUAUGUCGUCUUGGAAGUGAUCCAGUUAGCAGAUAAUCAAGGAACUGAUCAGAUGGCUGUUGUUGCUAGCGAAGAUGGAGAUUUGGUGAUGCAAGAUCCUUUGAGUCAGGAUGAAGUAGUGGGUGGAACGGAAGAAGGUGAGGAGGAAGAAGAAGAGGAAGUAGAAGAACAUCAAGAAACCAUCGAAUUGAAACUAGAAGAUAGUACCCAUAAUACCAGAAAAUCAACACGAUUGUCCGAAUCAUCGCAAAACGAUCCAAAGCUACAAAAAGACAUGGAAACCUGCUUCGGUUUUGACGAGGAAGAGGAAGAGGACGAGGAAGACGAUAGCAAUAUUCAUCUAUUACAGACAAUAUCGUAAUAAAGAAACACCGGGGGUAAUGUACCUAUACAUAGCUACCUACCUACUUAAUAGUCAAAUAUUUUUCUCUUCAAAUAUGUUACAUAUAACUAUACAUAAGUGAUAAGCAGUGACAUUGCAGAGACUGUGUGAACAGAUUAGAUCAUACACCCACAGAUAAACACCCAUAUUAUAAUAAUUUAUAGAUAUGUAGUAAUUUUAAGCUUUUACAUUGGAUAAUAAUUGUAAUGAUGACCUUAUUAUUAAUGUUGUUAUUAUUUUUAUUAUGAAAUAUGAGGUACUACUUAGGUUAUGCAACAAUUGUAAUAUGUAAAGCGAGCGCGGCGAAAAUGAUGUUGGAACAUAUUUACAUCGUGCUCAGUAAUUCUUUUAAAGUGGAUAGCAAGAAGUUAGAUUUACAGUUAAAUUGAAUACAUGUUAGCGGUACGAUAUACGGUAUAAUAGUUUGAAAUUUGUUAUUUCAAAACACAGGUGAUUUGAUGGUAUUGAAAAGUGUUAUAUGUAAGCAUUAUCAUCCACCAUACAUUGAAAUUACCAAUUUCAUCUUGGGUACAAAAAUGAAGUCUCGUCGAAAAUUUGACGAACUUACAAAAUUGAAACCAGUUCAAUGCGCUUUGUAAAUAAGUGCUUAUUAUGAUUAUGUUACCUAUAUUUCAAGUAAGAUUUGGGCCGAUAGAUAUACAUAAAGUACAUUAAAUAUACAAACAAAACUUGGACAAGAUAUAUUCUGAUUCAAUGGUGUAUCAUGUGUCUACUGGCACGAUUACGUAAUUGGGUUUAUCUGAUAUCGCGACAAACGUAAUUUCCAAUUUUCAAUGCACUCACAAAAAAUUUUAGAUUUUCUGAAUGGUCUAAUAUUAAUUAAAACGAUGAUGAAAUAAUGGCAAUGUGUUAUCAAAGUAAGACAAUCGAUUUCCUGGUAUUCACAAACGUUAUCAUAGAACGUACUCUAUUUUUUUAGUCGUGGAAACAUUAUUUGAAUGUUCUUCACUGUUAUCUGUAUCAUUUUUCUGCCGAGGCUGCAUCUGAUAUUACCACUUUCUUGUGACUAAGAUGAAGUUAUACCGCACAAUAUUUAUCAUAUCAGGGAUCACCUGACUCGCCAUUACAUCUACAGAUUCUGUUUCAUUUUUUUUCCCUUGAACCGAGUUUUAAUUUUUAGGACUUCGUUCCAGGUUAAAUAAGAAUAAGUUCUAAACUUUCGGUACAGUGUAAGAUAAGAUAAACUCAAUUUAUUCAUAUGUACAGAAACAAAAUAUUCAAGAAAAGGGAAAAAAAAAUUGAAUAAGAACAAACCCAUAAACAAUGUAAUAACUAUAGUGAAUCGUAAGUAAUCAGGUAGAAAAACAAUUUUGUUCGAUGCACGAAUGUUUAGUUCAUAUUUGUGUUUAGAUAGCACGAUUUUUUCACAUGCAAAUUAACCUAGUGUUAAAGAAAUCAAAAAAAGAAUAAAAGAAUAUUAUAUUAA